CUUGAAUUUCUCGACUUUCAGGUUCGUGGUUUUCUAGGACCUCAACAAUUAGAAGAUGCUCUCACUGGCAUGGACCUUGUAGUAAUCCCUGCUGGUGUUCCUAGAAAACCAGGCAUGACAAGAGAUGAUCUUUUCAACAUAAAUGCAGGAAUUGUGAAGACUUUAUGUGAAGGAAUUGCCAAGUGCUGUCCUAAAGCCAUUGUCAACAUAAUUAGUAAUCCUGUAAACUCUACAGUACCAAUUGCUGCAGAGGUUUUUAAGAUGGCUGGCACCUUUGAUCCCAGGAGACUUUUAGGUGUCACUAUGCUUGAUGUCGUCAGAGCCAAUACUUUUGUGGCUGAAGUUUUGGGGCUUGAUCCUAGGGAAGUGGAUGUUCCAGUUGUCGGGGGCCAUGCUGGUGUUACAAUUCUACCUCUUCUUUCCCAGAUUAAGCCUCCUUGUUCUUUUACCCCAGUGGAAACUGAAUAUUUAACAUCUCGUAUACAAAAUGGUGGAACUGAGGUUGUCGAGGCAAAAGCUGGUGCUGGUUCGGCAACUCUCUCUAUGGCAUAUGCUGCAGUUAAAUUUGCUGAUGCAUGUUUGCAUGGAUUGAGAGGAGAUGCUGCUAUUAUUCAAUGUGCCUUUGUGUUUUCCCAGGUGACCGAACUUCCAUUUUUUGCAUCAAAAGUACGGCUUGGGCGUAGCGGAGUUGAAGAGAUAUUCCCCCUUGGUCCCCUAAAUGAAUACGAGAGGACUGGGCUUGAGAAGGCAAAGAAAGAGCUGGCAACAAGUAUUCAGAAGGGCGUCGGCUUUGUAAAGAAAUGAGCAGACAGCUAAAUGACUUCCAAAAGAUGCUUUUCUUUUUUUGUUGGCCAUACAUCUCAAAUCUUCAGUUUCAGAAAAAUAAGAUAUUGUAUUGAAGGCAAAUCUUGUUCUACUUUCUACAGAUAUGCCUUAGUGCAGAAAAUAAAUGUAGUAUUUGGUCAUGUAGAACAACUACAAACUUGCAAAGUAUUACUCCCUCUAGUCCAUAAUAAUUGAAUAUUUGAGCUAUCAAUGUU